AUGUCAGGACAUCACCGCAUCACCCUCGCCGCCAAUCCCCCCUACUUCGAUGGCAACAAGUCCAAGUACCUGGGCUUUGUGGACGCGUGCACCACUUACAUUGGUGCCUAUCAAUCAGAGUUCUCACUGGAUGAGACAAAAAUCCUCUUCGUCCUUUCCUACCUCCGUAACGAGACCGGCACAAGCUGCGCCGCCUCGAGAUGGGCAAUGAACUGGAAGCAGCACAAUUCCGAGGGCUUCCAAGGACUGAAGGCUGGGGUCACCUCGGCGACCUUCUUGGAGGAGCUUCAGAGGGCCUUUGGGGACUCCAACGCGGAGCAAGUUGCUGCCGCUCGACUUAUGGCUCUACGCCAGAAUAGACGAUCCUUUGCAGAUUAUAUCUCUGACUUCGAGAUGCUGGCUGCGGAUGCGGGGUACAAUGUGGUCACCUCGACCGAUGACAAGGGCGAAUACAAGAAGGGGGAUCAGGACAACAUCCUCAUCGAGUUCCUCGAGCGCGGUGAAAUGCUGAGGGCGCGCUCACAAGUGAAUCUACUAUGA